UUCAACGCUAGUUUAUUUGACACUCGGGGGGUUGAGGGGCACUUUUCGUAAUUUGUAGCCUAUUCAAAAGAGACUUGAUAGUUAAAAAUAGAUUUUAAAAAAGAGUCUUGCGUAAAUAGAAAAUGCCUGUUCAGUCAGUUCCCCUCGCCUCUGUGAAGAUGGGACCGCAGUCUUGGCGAGAUGAUACGAUGCACUCUAUAAGGCGAGCGGAACACUUGGUGCGGCAAACCCACGCAGGACGGCCGGGGUCUAUCAGCCGUGCGCGGAGCUGUAGCGCCACCGCGUUAACCCCGAGGCGCACAGACACAAUUGAAGUGGUUGGAGGUGGUGAUACUCAUGAUGCUUUGUGCAAGAAUAAAGUCAGACCCCAAAACACAGGGACAAUGUUCCCGUAUGCUACCACCACCACAUGUGUGGUCCCGUUUCCCCCUCCCUGCUUCCGAGAGCAGUGUGCAGAGGCCAGUGUCGGAGUAGCAAGGGAGUACAUGCGCAGUGUGAGGGAAAUGGAGGGCGAGAUACGUCGACAAGCUGGCCGGGUGGCACAUGAAUGCAUUAAACUGGAGCGGGAGAGAGGCCUCCUGGAGAGGAUGCUGAGGAGCCUGAGGUGUGAAACGCUGAUCAACAAGAAGAGUGUGGAGGGAAGGACCAUAAGACCAGCUACUACUGAGACUGGCAGAGACGGAGCAGAUCAUUUACUGGAGUGUGAGAAGAGAGAACUCACUGAGCUGAAACAGGAGCUGGAGAGCACUCUGAGGAGCACACUAGCACAACUACAGACCCUGGGUCAGUGCAGUAGGCAGCUGUUGGACUGUGCCAGUGAGAGAGCGCGUGUUCUAGAGCUUCUACCACACACUGGCUCUGGCUCUCACUCCGCAGGGGGACGGGGAACUCCCUCCCAAGGCCUCAUAAAACUACCAGAGCCAAUCGGCCCCUUCACUCCAGAAUGUAAGCAGGUUCUGGAGUCUUCCACUCUGGCUGUGAACCAAUCACAGCUGCUACGAGAAAACAUCAGGCAGAUGAUUGGCAAUGCCAUCGCCAGGCAAAAAGCGGCCCAUCGUACUGUCAAUGACGCCCUGGUGAAGAAAAUAGCUGAGACAGUCACUCUGAAGCAAAACCUCACAACUAUGUCUGCAGCCACCAGGCAGGCCAUUUUCCGCAAACAGAGGCAGCUGAACUGCAUUCGUCACAGCCAUGACAGAGCACUGGGCCCUGAGUACAGUGGGGAUAUACUUUCCAGAGAGAAACUGAACAGGCCUAUAGUAAAGGUUUACCACAGACACCCUGGGACCCAGUUACCUGAGGCUGCUCAUCUCAUACAGGGUAGUUCUGUGUUGAGACACUGCCUGCAGUCCUCUGAAGAGGAGCUCUCCAGGCUGCAGGGCACGUGUCUGCAGCUGGUGGCCAACCUGCACGGCAAGAGGGCCGCAGAGCAGGUGGACUCUGCUGUGGUCAGGCUGCGGCGGCAGCUGGUCGACAGACGAGCAAUGCCCACUUUCCUCCAACAGGGGUUGUACUAAACUCAUUAUGUAGUGCAUGACUCAAUUCAUCUUUCCCUCAAUGUUUCCUCUCUCUUUGGCUCCUUCUCAAAAUGCAUUGGAGGAGAAGAUCAGAGGGAAGAAAGAUCUAAGGUUCAUCUUCCCUCUGAUCUUCUCCAAUGCGUUUUGAGAAGUAGAUGAGGAAUCAAGGAAAGAGAAGAGCCCGAAUCUAUAGUUGUAUACAAACGGCAUGUGUGUUUUCUCCAGGAUAUGAAGUGAAAGAUGGACCGAUGUGCUGAAAAGGGACCAUUUAAACAAGAUAUUAGGAAGGUGUGUUUUUCAACCUAGUCAUGUGUGGCAUCCCAACCCUCGAUUAACCACAUUUCUGUAUUACACCAUUAAUGUGUACUUGAAAUAAACAAACAGUAUUUCUCUGCAAACUCA